ACAUGUCAUGAUCAAAGAAAAUUAAUUAAAAAUAUAAAAAAGGUUUUGGCUAGCUGGGGAGUGGAAGGGAUACCUCUCCUCUCCAUGUCUUUCCCCAUGCUUCCAUUUUACUGUCGUGUAAAAUGUUACUAAGGCAUUUUCUCAUCACCUACCACUGAUAACUCCAGGCUUCCUUAUUUCUCUCUCAUUCUAUUGUUUGUUUAUUUUUAUUACAUGUGUUGAUGAUCAUAUUCAUAUUCUUUGCCUGAAAGCAUCGCAAGCAUCAUCAGUCCAUUACCAGCACUGUUAAUUAUCAGCACCAUUUAGCAUUCUAUGUACCUUUACUGCCUUUGCAAUUACAGCCCUUUUGUUGUUGUUAUCUGGGUAAGUGUCUUCAAGGAUUGGUGGGGUUCAAAAGCACUCACAUCUUGUGGUGUGGUGAGUUCCCAGAAAGGAAAUUCAUUCAGAUUUGCCAUUUCUGAGGCGUUCUUUGAGUAAAGGUUGGGUGUUCUUGAAAUGUUGGCGUGUUGAGCUCUGAUGUUUGAGCUUUCUUGGGAAGAGAUCUGCUGUUAAAGACUUCUCUUUUGCAGUUCAUGGAAAUAGUAUGGUAAAGCGGUUUUCAAGAUCUGGGCUUUGAAGGGAAUCUUCGUGUAUCCUGUUUUUGGAGAGGUUCUUUUGAGAUCUCAAGGAUGGCUUCUGAUCUUAAUGCGGAACUCUCUAAGAAUGUUGGCUUUUUCGGUCUCAAAGUCUGGGAAGUUAUUGGAAUCAUUGUUGGUAUACUGAUAGUGUUUAUCCUCUUUGUGUUGGCAUUUUAUCUUACUACACAAAAGAAACUAAGAAAAGCCCAAGAAAAGCUUCCGCUUGGCCAAAUACCGACUGUUUCAAAAGAAAUUAAAGAAGUACGAGUAGAGCAGGUAUCAACUAAUGAAUUUGUUCCGCAUGAUGGGAUUCUUCUCACCAUUCAUGACAAAUCAAGUGAUAAAGAAUCAGACAAGGUCAUGGUCCAUCUGGGAAUGCCAAAAGUAAACAAUGCAGAUAGCAGCAGCCAAUCGGGUUCAUUCCAUCAUAUUGAUAAAGAUUAUUACGGAUCACAAUCAGGAGAAGAAGGGAGUUCAGGAACAUAUGCAAAUAAACCAUCUUCUUCAUAUCCAAUAACUGCUCCUUCUCCUUUGAGUGGUCUGCCUGAAUUUUCGCACUUGGGUUGGGGUCAUUGGUUUACUUUAAGAGACCUUCAAGUUGCCACAAACAGAUUUUCGAAAGAGAAUGUUAUUGGGGAGGGUGGAUAUGGAGUUGUUUAUCGAGGACAUCUUAUCAAUGGUACUCCUGUGGCUGUUAAAAAGCUCCUCAACAACCUAGGUCAAGCAGAGAAGGAAUUCAGAGUGGAGGUAGAAGCUAUUGGCCAUGUGAGGCACAAAAAUUUGGUUAGACUUCUAGGAUAUUGUAUUGAAGGAACUCACAGGAUGCUUGUAUACGAGUAUGUUAACAAUGGUAACUUAGAACAGUGGCUUCAUGGAGCUAUGCGGCAACACGGAUUUCUUACGUGGGAGGCCAGGAUGAAGGUUCUUCUUGGAACAGCCAAAGCUCUUGCCUAUUUGCACGAAGCAAUUGAACCAAAAGUGGUUCAUCGAGACAUAAAGUCGAGUAACAUUUUGAUUGAUGAAAACUUCAAUGCUAAGGUCUCUGAUUUUGGUCUGGCCAAGCUGCUUGGUGCUGGGGAAAGUCACAUAACAACUCGAGUCAUGGGGACCUUUGGAUAUGUGGCUCCAGAAUAUGCAAAUUCUGGCCUUUUAAAUGAAAAGAGUGAUGUUUAUAGCUUUGGGGUUUUACUAUUAGAAGCAAUCACAGGGAGAGAUCCUGUGGACUAUGGGCGUCCUGCUCCAGAGGUUAAUCUGGUUGACUGGCUGAAAAUGAUGGUUGGAAGUAGGCGCUCAGAGGAAGUGGUAGAUCCAAACAUGGAAUUGCAGCCAUCAACUAAAGCCCUGAAAAGGGCUCUUUUGACUGCUUUGAGAUGCGUUGAUCCAGAUUCCGAUAAGAGACCAAGGAUGAGCCAAGUUGUCCGGAUGCUUGAAUCAGAAGAAUAUCCCAUACCAAGAGAGGACCGGAGGCACAGAAGAGCCCGAGCAAGUAGCAUAGAAAUGGAUUCCCAACGGGAUAACUAUGACACUGAUAAAAGUGAUAAUCAAGAUCUAAGGUCAGACAGCAAGAGGAAUUAUUGAACAUAACAUUCAAUCUUUUGGAGAGAUAUUCAUUGGUGGACAAAGAAUAGAUGUGGUAUUUGAUCAAGGAGGAUUUGUCUAAAGAACGGUGCAGUUACGGGAUAUAUAGGUCGUAACUGAGGCUUCUUUUUUAUUUCUCCGAUUAUUUAGUUUCUUUUUAAAUCCCCCACCCGCCCCCUUUCUUCAUUAUUGUAAGAAAUUUUAUAGGUAAAUGGUUGUUUUGUGAUGGAAAUGGUGCCUCUUGCGAGAAACCGGAGACAAAUAAGGGUACUGUAUAGAUACUGGCGCAUUCUUUAGCUUCUUGAUAUUGUUUGAUGAUGUACAAAUUUUUCAUCAA